UUUAAAAAAGUAAACAAGCUCCGAUCCAUAGGUCAAGUUAAAACUGAACGUUUGUAAAUAGUUGUAAUUUAAAUACCUGUCUCCUGAUUGUGAGCAGCCAUAGACUGAUGGCAAUGGCAGAACCCCUGCUCAUAAAUAUAGUAACUGGGUGCCAAGUUCAAGGCGGACAAGAAAAUCCUCAACAAGGGAUUGUCAACAAAAAUCUAUCAGGGGACUUCCAGUUUACUUGUGACAUCUAUCGGUGUGGUGGCUGCUCCAGAGAGUUUGAAAUGUUUGAGGAUUUAAUUUUACACAAAACCAAUGAUGAGGGCUGCAGUUUAGUCCUGUUUUCUUCCCAAAAGUUAAACGGAAUACAAAUUCCAAGAUUCAUCCAAAGGGUCGCAGAAUUACAAGUUCCUGUAAAUGUUGGUGAGGAAAGUAGUGUUCCUCACUUGGACCAUCCUGCAUAUUUAAAAGAAUGUGUGCAUGAGCAGCAACAAAAUCUGUCGGUUGAAGAGAGCAGUGCGGGUUUGAGCCUAAUCGAGCGAAACAAAUCCUAUGAGCCUAGAUCGAGAGAAAGAUGCGCAUGCGAUAUAUGUGGAAAAUCUUACAGAAACACCACAACUUUGAAAACUCAUAUUUCAACCGUGCACUCCGUGGAUAAGCCAUUUAGAUGUGACAGAAAAAAUUGCUCAUUCGCCUGCAAAACCAAAGCUUCAUUGGAGCGACAUGUUCGGCGCCACACAGGAGAAAAACCAUUUGUUUGUGAAAGCUGUGGAAUGUCCUUCAGAGAAUCAGGAACUCUGGCUCGACACAUCAAAUCAGUUGUGCCAUGCACCUUUAAGCCUGUCGAUUUGUUGCCUCAGUAUCAAAGAACUGCUUUUGGUAGCAAACCAAAGCCUCCAGAUCAAUCCCAAUCAGAGGAGACAGUGAAAAUCAUUAUCACCAAGGAAUGCCAAAGUCCAGAAAGAAAUAUUUGUGACGACAGAGAGCCCCUUACAGAUGACAGCAUUGAUUCAUUAAAGAAGGAUGCUUCGCAGUCUUUAAUGAAACUGCUUGAAUCCUCAUUCACAAAAGAGCCUGACCCUAGAAAUUACGAAGAAGCUCCGUCUAAAGAACGAGUGGACUUCAUUCAAUCGGAGCAAGAAGUUUGCGAAGAAGUGGCUGAGCAAAUAAAGAGUGAAAACUUCUCUUGCCUCUCAUGUCAAGUUAAAGUAAGCAGCAUCAAGGAACUCUCUAAACAUUUACAGUUCCAUUUAGAAGACUUCAAAUUUAGAUGUGACAGGUGUUUCUAUGUUGACAAGUCCAAAAGAGGAUUGCACAGACAUACGAAAAAAGUGCACAACAAAGAAACUACUGCUGAAAACGUCAUAGAGAGUGAUUGCUGGCAGCAAAUUGUUUGUGCGCAACUGAUUUCCGUGCAUGACAUACUAGAUGGAGAGGCAAGCUGUGAGAAAAAUAACCAAUUCUUCCGUUGCCAUAUUUGCCUUAAAAGAAUUAGUGAAAAAUCUCAAUUUCGUCUGCACAUGAAUGACCACGCAGGUGGCAAAUGUUUUGAGUGUGACAUCUGCAAAAGAACUUUUUUAUUCAAAGACGCUCUUCAUAAGCACCUGAUGACGCAUUCCUCUAAGCGAUCGUUUGAAUGUCACGUCUGUAACAAACAAUUCAAGCGAGCUGGCCAUUUGAAAGAACACUUCCGGAUUCACAACGAUAUAAAACCAUUUGUUUGCAAGACAUGCAACAGGAGUUUUAGAUGGCAGUGUGUACUCAAAGUGCAUGAAUCUACGCAUAGCAGAGAUUAUCUGUUCUGUUGCGAAUCUUGUGGUAAACAACUGCGGAAUAAAAGUUCCUUGAUUCGACACUCAAAAAUGCAUAAGCCCAGCAACAAGAAUUCUUCAUCUACCAACCCUGGAAGUACCACUACAAUUGAUAUUUCUCAAACGCUAGACAGUAACAGCUUAAUCAACGAAGCCAACACUGCCGCCGCAAAUAUUGCAAAUACCGAUCAACCAGCUGAAAGCCAACAAACGUAUCUGUUGGUUCUUGACGACAACGCUCUAGUAUUGGGGGAUGCGACUUGCAUCCUCGAGAAUAGCAUCAUUCAAUCCGAAAACAUCCUGCAAUAAGUGAGCGCUUCCGUCAGAGCUGCACACUCAAUUAAAUGCCAAGGACGCGACAGCUCAAUAUCAAGAUAAAUAAGUGAGAUUCCAAUGAUUGUGAUGCUGAGAAGUGAGCUGAAAGUUGUUAUACUGCCUUAAAUUUAAAUUGUGUUCCCCGCCGUCAACACCAUCAUCCUUGAAGUAAGGAAAAUCAAUUUUAAUAAGAGCAUGACACGAAAAGACUUGAACUCCCUUAACUGAUCUGUUUGUUUUUUGAGGUUGGACUGAUUAAAUCAUUUAAAUAUUUUUGGUAUAGUAAAAGAGUGUUUAUUAAUUGAGAUAAAAUAAAGUUAAUGCGAUCAAUAACUGUUUCACGACACAAAAAUUUGUUUUUUCCAUUAGGUAUUUUUGUUAUUCCUUUUGUCUUCCAAAUAAUAUCACAAGUAAACAUAAUUUUUACGCGCUUUUCUUCGACAGCAAAAUCUGUAAAAUAAAUUAGGUCUAAUUUUGCCGGCAUGAUACGUACACCUGCGGCCCUAUCAGCAGGUGACGUCAACUUCCACUACAAAAUUUAAAGGCAGCCGUUGCGGGUAUUUUAUGCAGGGCACACAUCUGCCUCUCCCUGCCAAACGAAGCGUGCACACAUGUAUUUAAUAGGCGCUUCCCAUUGACUUUGUGUUCAGCCGACUCCAACGCCAAGAAUAUAUAUAUUUUGUGGAGAAGGAGCAGCGAGCUGCAAAGGGUGUUCCUUCGCGCCGUGUGAAUAAACAAGAGGAAAUUCUCAAGACGCACGGCCCAGUUUAUUUUUCGACUUGUGUGUUUUUGUAUGUGAGGUGCGCGCUAAGCGAAAUAACUCGUACCGCGCGCCGAGUGUGUAAAAAUAACCUACGUAAAAUUUACUAACCGCCGGAAACGAAACUAAAGAUAAUUUUAAUUCUGAUUUGUGGAUUGGUGUCGCUUUUGCUUGUGACUUUCCUUUCUAUUUAGCCUCAACUGCGUGUGACUUUGUUAAUUAUUGAAUGAUAAGAUUAUAUAGUCGUUGUAUUGAUCGCGUUUCAGCUGGCAUGCUACGGCUUUAGACUUGCGCGCAAACUCGUAAGAGGGGACUUUUCGAAUGAAGUCUAUUCCAGCUAAGUGAGAAUUCAACUGAGGCAUAUUAUAGCUCUUGAGAAUUUGUGCAGCGACCGGUACAACAAUGCCAUCACCUGACGUCCAGCGGAUUUUCAAGAAGGUGGACUCGAAAAAGUUGGAGGCAUGGUGCAACACCGAACUGAAGGAUUUCGAGGACGCUGCCAUGGUUGACGCCUUCAAGUUAUUUGUCACGCAACAGCAAGACGACAAGAACAAAGACACUGCUGAGGUGUGGGACUUGGUCAGAAAAGGAGUUGAGCUGGAAAAGAAAGGACAGUCCACAGAUCAAAACCGCGCGCAAAUUCAGGAGAAGCUGAGUGAAGGCUUCGCUCGCAUUCCUAGUUUUGUUAAGCAAGAUCUUGAGGACAAAUGUGGUUUUGGAGUGGUUUUCGAAAAAUUGAAUGAGGAGUUCGCCGGCGCUUACCUAGACAGCUUCAGAAACGAAAUUAACAUUUUCAGGAAAGAAAAUGCAGCUACACAGUGCAUGGAGGAAAAGUCCAAAAGCAGAUGCUCAUUCAUGUGAGAUGCCCACCGUCGACAAUGACAGUGAUAUGUGAGAAAGAUAAAAAUGUUCUGGAUUUGGUGCUUGUUCAAUAAUGAAGUUUUUUUUAAAGCACUGAUAUUUAUAAUUUGAAAUAAUAAAUAUUUUUAAAUUAAAGAUA